AUGGCGCAAAAGAUAUCAGAAAGUCUGGUGACUAUCACUCAGGUACCCAGUCCCAGCGAAAUAAUGGGAGAACAGAGGGUUGAUAGGACGAUGAUCAAAGGCUUCUGGCAAGGUACUCAGAACAAGAACCAUGAUGAGCUUUUGUCACAAGCUAGCAAUAAGGAGAUGGAUCGCAGACUGGAAUAUCUCUUUUGGCGAAUUUGGAGUAGCGAUGAUCUGCUGGAGCGCACCAAUAUCAAGUAUCUGGACGGUCUAGUCUCGCGCAUUAUGGCAUCAGAGCCCCUUCCUUUAUCACCGCCAAACAAACCCGAUACGCUUGGAUCCCCAUCCUCAAAGGCUACCUCUCCCCGGGCAGUGCCCACCUCCGACUCCCAGAAAUACAUGGAAUCCAAAUCAGUCCCUCCAAAUUGCACCCCGGGCUCAGGUGGUCUCCAUCCGAUCCUAAAAAAGCCUAACACAGCCCCAACUCCGCAAAAAACCACCCGCCUGCUCCUCGAGCAUCCCAGCGGUGAAAACAUCACAACUAGCCCUUCUAACCCACCAACUCCGAGCGUGAUAGAGAUUGCGCCAAAGGACGACUUCUCCACGACUCGCCAGCCAGCAAAGAAAGCAACUCAUUUCACAACAGGCCGCGCCACCCGUGGAGGCAAACGUCGUCCAGUCUUCAAUCGUCGCAAGUCCUCACAGUCUUCAAUCUCCAAACCUGCAUCUGCAGUCUCACCACGAGACCGACCCAUCGAAACCCCACCAAGAGACUCACCCGAGCCCAUGUUCGACGUAGACGAAGACGAUGAUCUAUCCGCCCCACUUGAUCCCCAGACAGUAGCCGAAAGCAAAAGCCAUCAGGCUAGUGCCGCCACGAGCUGGUCCGAUCUCACUAUCACAUCCACAACACCUAUAAUGCUCAGCAAGAAACUUUCCUCGAAGACUCCUCCCCAGUUAGCACCUACGUUGCUCGAUAUCGAUAUUCCAGAUAAACAAGACCCCAUCCUGCCCCAAGGAAUAGAAACGGUUAGUCUCGACCUUAACAUGCAGGAAAUCCGCAACCCAAAUGCUGAAACCCAGGACCACAGUUCAUAUGAGACAGUAGUAAAUUUGAAUGUCGAUACCGGAGACCUUCCAGGCGCACGCCGCAUUCCUAACCCAGAGGAACGGAGACGACCACGUUCCAAAACUAUCCCUGCUAAAGUCUCCGAGAAACAUCCCUCCUACGCGCAUGUUCGGCCACGCACAUCUGAUCAUACGUGGCACCCGCCCCCACGCGAGAACUUUCUAAUCAACCAGAUGAUGCUAAAUAAGCGUCCAAAUCCACAACCAUUGAAUGAACCGCUUGUAAGCAAGGAUUUUCGGGCACAGUGGUUAAAGGUUCUAGAAGAGGCGGGGAUGCUUGAAGCAGCUGGUAAGAGAUACGAUAUUCACUCGGAGGGAGGAGAGGGAUAUAGUUUUCCGGAACAAUUUUCUGAUCCGCCUCAAUUCGAUGAAGACCAGAUUGUGGGAAUAAGGAUAAGGGGAAUAGGAACGGACGGAAGUUCAAGCUCUAGAUGCCAAAGUGCGGUGUUUGAUGGAAGUGACUAG